ACGCCUCCACCAGGAAAGGAUAAAAGGAGCCCAAAAAACACGUCGUCUCUCUUUCGAGUUUCCGCUUCCCUCACUCCCUCACUCACUCACUCACUCAACCACCUACCAAAUCCCAGCUAUCGCUUUCGGAAUCGAAUCCUCAAACCCUCAACUUUCUCGGCAGCCAAACAUCAAUUUUACCUUCCACCCACUUUCCCUCUCACUUUGCUUCGUUUUCUCCGUGCAAUCACCUCUUGCCUCAGACUUUAAAGAUUUUGUGUUUGUGGCAAUUGCGUAAUAAUUCGUCGACUUCUCUGGGAGUGCAUUAUCGACUUAGACAUUUUUGAGAUCUCGAAAGGCAUAUAUGGCGGCUUGUUCUUUGAGCUUUGGGAUAUCGAAUGUUGCAACUUUGCGGAACGAGGUCGUUCGGGGGAAGAUGUGGAGCCAGAAUUUGAUUUCUUAUGGACUAAGGUUUAGGAAUGAUGCAAAGGAGGUUGCUUGUCCAGUGCUCUAUAGGAAUAGUAGCUUUAGAGAUAGGCUGAAUUCGUUUUCGGUGAAGAAAGACCGGAAAUUUACGGUCAUGUCUAUGUCCGAGGCUCGAGCUGAAUCACAAUCCGAGUUAGGCACAAUAGCUGUUUCGAAUGAGGAAGGGGAUGUUAUUGUAGAAAAGGAAAUGAGGAUUUCGGAGAAUGAGUGUGGAUCAAAAACCGAGAGUGGUGGUAGUGAUAAGGAUAUGAUUGAUGGUAGUGGUGGUAAUGGUAAAUAUACGAACGGUAGAGGUGGAGGAGGAGGUGGUGGUGGUGGUGACGGUGAUGGGGGUGAUAAAGAAGAAGAAGAGUUUGGGCCAAUUAUGAAAUUUGAAGAGAUUAUGAAAGUGACUGAGGCUCGAGGGGCUAGUCUUCCCUCUGAUAUGAUUGAGGCUGCCAAGAGCGUGGGAAUUCGCAAAGUGCUUCUCCUUAGAUAUCUGGAUUUGCAGGGGUCAGCCUGGCCUCUAGGUUUCUUAAUGAGGUCAUGCUCUAUGCUUCGUGAUCGAAUGCUUGCUGAUCCAUCAUUUCUCUUCAAAAUUGGAACGGAGAUAGUCAUUGAUUCUUGUUGUGCUACAUUUGCGGAAGUUCAAAAGAGGGGCAAAGAUUUCUGGGCAGAAUUUGAGCUGUAUGUUGCAGAUCUUUUGGUUGGGGUGGUGGUUAAUGUUGCUUUGGUUGGGAUGUUGGCCCCCUAUGCUCGUAUUGGGAAACCAUCAUUAUCUAAAGGGUUGCUUGGACGCUUGCAACAUUCUUAUGGAGCUCUUCCUAGCAGUGUAUUUGAAGCGGAAAGGCCAGGAUGUAGAUAUUCUGUAAAGCAGAGAAUUGCCACUUACUUUUUUAAGGGCAUUUUGUAUGGAGCAGUAGGCUUUGGAUGUGGUAUUAUAGGCCAAGGAAUUGCAAACUUGAUCAUGACUGCCAAGCGGAGCAUAAAGAAGUCAGAAGAGGACAUACCUGUUCCACCUCUAAUUAAGAGUGCAGCUCUUUGGGGUGUUUUCCUUGCUGUCUCUUCCAACACCCGCUAUCAAAUCAUCAAUGGACUUGAACGCUUGGUAGAGGCAUCGCCUUUGGCGAAACAGAACCCACUUGUUGCAAUGGCUUUUACUGUUGGAGUACGAUUUUCAAACAAUGUUUAUGGGGGAAUGCAGUUCGUAGACUGGGCUAGAUGGAGUGGGGUGCAGUAACUAAUACGCUUUAGAGGGGUAGGUUAGCUGGGGCAGAUUUCAACUCUUCUGGUGAUAUGGCUUUUGCUUAUCAGUUAUACAAGCGCAAAAUCGUCACCCCCAAAGAGUUUAAAUCCCGUAGUAGUUUCAUCCUUGAUGCUUUUGUGUAAUUUGGAAAAAGCUGAGUAGAAUGUGUUGUACUUUUCUAUCGAUAAACAAGAUGCUGGAUUUACAGGGUAAUUCGGAUAUGAAUGGUUCAAAUUGGCACCAUGUAAGUGCUUGCAUUGCGAGUGGUGUGCUCCUGAUGUAAUAAAAAUGCUGGCUUCUUUUCA